AUGUCACGAUCCUUUGGCGGGUGCAAGCGAUGUAAAUCUCGACGGCAGAAAUGUGACGAGCAACGGCCGACAUGUGGGCGAUGUAAGACCGCGGAGACACCAUGUCGGUAUGCGAUGCAGCUGCAGUGGGGAGGUCGAGCGUUCUCGAGGUCGAGGUUCGGGUCUUGUAUGCAGAAAUUAGAAUAUUCCCCGGGCGAGUUCAUUUACUCCACCGCCAAUGCGUCACCUACUACCGAGACCGUCCCGGCUACAGCAACCAUCACAUUGCCGAAAUCUGUCGAUCCGUUCAGCUCUCUAGAUACGAAACAGAAAUCCCUCCUACAUCACUUCCUCAGCGAUGCGUCACAGAUUACGGCGUGUCACUCCGGCAUGCAGCAGGAGAUUUGCCGGAUGCUCGUCCCGAUGGCUCUCCAAACACCGUCAUUACUAUAUGCAACCAUGGCCCUCUCCGCAAUACAUAUCGAGGCACUGCAUAAUCAAUCAGAAAAUGUGAAGUCAGCACCAGAUAUCGCGCGGUUAAUGGCGAUGAGUUUAGAGCAUUUCCGGAAGGAGCUGCAGAGUCCAGCUACCAGGGGGACGGAUGCGCUGCUUGCGACAGCACGGACGCUUUGUCUUGCGGAGAUACAUUCCGGCGCUAUCCAACCGAACUCAUGGCGGGCUCAUAUUGAAGGUGCACAGGCAUUGAUGGUUGCAGUUCGGAGUAAAGGAGAUUCAUCACCGAGUUCAUCGGAGGGCUUCCGCAGGUAUCUGGACCGGUGGUAUCGGUCGAUCGUAUCAUUAACGGCAUUGACGGGCAACGGCCCACCGAUCGGUGGUCUUGAGUGUCAGACAAUUGCGAAGGCUGUCAGCACAACUACGGAAACGCCAGACUACCUCGAUGACUACUGGGGCUUCACGGUGAGUCUGUCCGCUGUGUUCCGCGGUAUCGGCGCUGCAGCCUGGCAGACACCCCCAGAUCAAGCGGCAGACGAUGCAGAGGUCACAGAAUUGGAGUCGUCAGUCCGACAGCUGAUAGACCGCGGAGCGGAGGCGCCGCCCACAUUCUACCCGGGCGUCGUCGAGGGUCUAUCAACCGACCACAUACUCCGCUUUACCCUCUGCAACGAAGCAUUCCAGCACAGCGCUCUGAUCCAGAUCGAGCGGCGGCUCCGCAGGCUGCCAGCCACGUCACCGUCUGUGCAGCGGUCCGUGAAGAAGAUUAUUGAGUGCUCUGAACACAUUGGGCCUUCUCCUGGUCUCAGUCCGUGGACGAUGCUCACGACACCCUUGUUCAUCGCUGGGUGCGAGGCACAGGGCGAGGACCGGGAUCGUGUGCGGAAGCUGCUGUCAUCGCUGCAUGACACGAUUCGGGUGCCCAACGUGCUGCAGUCGCUGAAGUUCCUGGAGCAGUAUUGGGCUCAUCAGCUUGAUGAGAAUGAGAGUUGGAAUCGUUUCUUAGAUCGCAUGCGAUUCGAUUUCAUCCCGUAUUAA